AGUCGUGUUACGGAUCAUCGACGGCGUCCAAGCAGUUUUCGUCUAUUUACCAGCGCGAUUUUGGCGCCUUUCACUCAAUUUCCCCGUGAGAAAAUCCCCCUGAAACUAUGCUUUACGAUGUGAGUACUUGUGCCAUGCUGGUGGAGUGAGCGUAAACGGUGUUAAUCGAUCGAAGUCGUUUUUCUGGAUGAUUAAUACUGAUCCAGAGAUAAUUGACGAGCUCACCCAGCGAAAAAGCCCCGGAGGAGAAAUAAUCGAAGCUAUCUUCGUCGAGGAAAAAAAAGGGACCAAGAAAAGAGCCGAACUGGAAAUGUCCCCACACAAACCGCAGAAAAAGUAAAACAGGAACCGGGCGACACAAAAAGCCCCAGUAACGCCUUCAUAGGCAUAACCUCCUAACUCCUGCCCACCAUAAGUGUUAAAAGAGUGGGGACAAUGUCGCCACCUGAUUGGCCAAUCUGUCGGAGCUGACACCAGCCGACCAAUGGCAACGCGUCAGUGUCAUUAACACACACUGACUAGAUCCGCUACGUUUCCUUCUAUAGUCUUUGCUUACACUUACAGUGGUGUAGAGGUGUUGCUGUUCACACUCCUCCAAAAACACCCUUAAAUCGCAGCUAGCCCUGAUUUCACGCAGGGAUUGUCGCGUCGCGUUCACUCUAGUGCGUGUGCGAACGGACUGUGCUUGUGAAAAACGAAUUUUGAAAAUUUUACAGUGUUUUUAGUGCGUUAAGAUGUUGAACGACUGAGGACUCCGCGACCGACCGAAACUUACACUUAUCGAUCUUGGGGGAUGUUAAAGGAUUUUUCAUGAGAAAUCUCAAGCGGGCAAGAAUCGUCAGAUUCUACCGCUUUAACUAAGGUGGCCAGAUGCGUUUCGACACCCUCCUGGAGUCUUCAUUAGAUGCGAAAGUGAAAAAUACUAUGGCCUAUCAUCCCUUCUUGCAGCUGCCGAGACAAACCGAUUUUAGCGUUUCUUCACUGUUGACGGCGGCCAACAACAACAAUUCCUCCAGCGGCUCGCCGGCCGCCCCCAACUUCUUCCCCUCGGCCGCCUUGGCUGCCUUCGGGGGGCAGAAUCCCCACGCUUGUUACCCCGGAACUUUGAUACCUAAGAUCAAUCAUCCCCAUCCCCAUCACGCGCUCGCCGGUCAUCCUUACACAACCGCGGAAGAUGUGGUGUUAGCGGCGGUUGCGGCCCAUAAUCAUCAUCCGGCGAUGGUCAGGCCCUUACGUGCAAUACAACCAGAAGAAGACGGUGUGGUGGACGAUCCGAAGGUUACCUUGGAAGGGAAGGACCUGUGGGAGAAAUUUCACAAGCUGGGCACGGAGAUGGUUAUCACCAAGAGCGGAAGGCAGAUGUUUCCGCAGAUGAAAUUCAGGGUGUCAGGCCUGGACCUCAAAGCCAAAUACAUCCUUCUGCUGGACAUCGUCGCUGCAGACGACUACAGAUACAAAUUUCACAACAGUCGGUGGAUGGUGGCGGGUAAAGCUGAUCCAGAAAUGCCUAAGAGGAUGUACAUCCAUCCGGAUAGUCCUUCGACGGGCGAACAAUGGAUGCAGAAAGUGGUGUCUUUUCACAAGCUCAAGUUGACGAACAAUAUAUCCGACAAACACGGUUUUUUGAAAGAAAGAGCUGUUGAUUUCUUGACGAUACUAAACUCGAUGCAUAAAUACCAACCAAGGUUUCACUUGGUGAGGGCGAACGACAUCUUGAAGCUGCCUUACUCAACCUUUAGGACCUACGUAUUUAAAGAGACUGAAUUCAUCGCGGUCACAGCAUAUCAAAACGAAAAGAUAACCCAGCUGAAAAUCGACAAUAAUCCGUUCGCCAAGGGUUUCAGGGACACAGGAGCUGGAAAGAGGGAAAAAAAUUUCAGGCAAGCCAUGUUGGCUCAACGACACUCGGACGACAAAACAACGCAUCCCCUCCCAGCCAGGAUGUCAGCUGACAGCAGCACGGUGUCGAAAACUGACGAUUCCGAGUUGGAUGUCGUCGGCACCGCUGACAGUCCAAGGCCAUCGCUGCAAUCAUCCACGCCAAUCGCCUCUUCAGCCAACCAUUCCGGCGCUGAAGAUGACCUCAGGAGGAGGCUACACGAUGAUUCCGGCUCUGAGUCCAGCUGUUCGGAAUCCCCAGGAAGCACAGCGUUCAGGGCUGGACCAACAUCCCCUAAGGAAUCCAGCAGCGCAGGACCUUCUAACCCUUCUGGGGAGUACCCAUCCCCGAAUAUAAGCGUGGGUCCUCCGAUACACCCUCCGCCUCAUUUACUCCCCUACUUGUACCCUCACGGGAUGUACGGAGGUGCUGGGGCGCCUCCCUUUGGUCCUCCACUAAGCCUCUUCACUGGCGCCCACAACCCAGGCAUGAACCCUAGUCUGCUCUUCAACGCUCAGCUGGCCUUGGCGGCGCAACAUCCCGCACUCUUCUCACACUACCAAAACCUAGCGCAUCCCAACCCCCACGGCCAUCACCUAUCACCAACAUCGCCCAUACACAACCACCUCAAGGGUGGCCACCGUUUCACCCCGUACACCAUCCCCAAUUCCACGACUGGGGUGAAUUCCUCCCCGCUCGGCAGCGCUUUCGAAACCGUUACGCCGAGCUCUCACACCAGAAGCCUCAGCAAUUCGCCGUCUGGUAAAUUGAGAAGUAGUUCCUUGUCGCCACCCAUAAGGGCGAGCACCACGUCGCCAAAGCCUGAAGUUUCGUCUUCGCCCAACGAUUUGAAGAGCAUUGAGAAAAUGGUGAACGGACUGGACGUGAAGCAGAACGAAGAAGUGGAGAAGUAGUGCUAGUGGCCAUUAUAUUACGUUUAUCGGUGGUAUUCGAACCAAUUACUUCUAAUCCUGGGAUGUUUCUGCAAUAUGAAUUCCGGUCUAUCGAAACGUGUCUGGAAAUCGCGAAGGCUUUAAUUAGUGAUCACUGUACCAAGGACUGUCCGCGAACGAAAAUAGUAUUUGGAAGGAACUGUACUCACCUCAUCGACAAAGAUAUAUUUUGCAGGGGCUAUGCAAUAGUAUACAUUUGUGAGAUUCUACACUAUACAGUUACUAUCACCAAUAAUGUUACUCGAAAAAAUUAUAUAUCAUCCUGACUAGGAUAUAAUCCUUUCACCUCAUUAGUGCAAAGUUUUAGUGGUGCUUUAGUUUCUGGUUUCACCUCGCACCUCGAAUGAUCCUCUUGAAGGUUGCGGAAGAUAACGAAAAUCUUUGUAACAUUCGUGGUGUUCAAGGUGUUUCCCUAUGGAGUAGACUAUAUACCUUAUUUCAGAAUAUUUGUAACCAGAAUAAAUGUUCAAAAAAUGUUCCUUUUUGAGAUCUGUAAAUAUCCUAAUGUAAAUAAAAUUGUUUAUUGUUUGAAAAUUUGUAAAUUGUAUAAAAGUUAGAGCAUAUUGUGUAAAGAAACGUUUAAUAUUAUUUACCAAAGAAAAAUUUCGUGGAUUCUUGAGCAGAGAUACGGGAGAUAUUUGUGAGGCUUCUCAAUUAUUUUAAUUUACGCUUUGUUUCUUCUCUGCCCAAGGAUGCUGUUAAUUUUCUGCUUAUUGGUAGGAUUCCUUCGUCAUUGGAACAUUCAGAAAUAUUUAUUGUGUAAAUAUUGAAAUUGUAUAAGGAAAUCACAAAUAAAACUUAUGGCUUGUAUUACAUUCAGUACCAGUGUUGAAAAUGCAUAAUUUAUUGUAAGUACGUCAUGUUGAGUUCAAGUUUUCAAUACUGGUUACGACACUUGUAAACUGUACUAGAGAUUGUAAAAUUCGUCGAGUGUAUAUGUGGAAAAAUAAUUUUAAGAGUAAAGAAUAUUGAUACCUA